AUGAAAUUGAAUUCGUUGGUGGUAUCUGAUACAAUUUUAGGAUACGGGAGUCAUGGUACAAUUGUAUAUAAAGGAACAUUUGAAGGGCGUGAUGUUGCAGUUAAACGGUUGUUACUUGAUUUUUAUGAUAUAGCGCACCAUGAAGUGUCACUUCUUCAAGAAAGUGACGAUCAUCCAAAUGUAAUUAGAUAUUAUUGUAAAGAACAAUGUGAUAGGUUUCUAUACAUCGCUCUUGAACUUUGUCCGGCAUCAUUAUACGAUUUAGUUGAAAGAGGCUCAACAUUUCAGUAUGCAGAUUUGUUGACAACAUUACAUCCUUCUAAAAUUCUUUAUCAAAUUGUUGCUGGUUUACAUCAUUUACAUUCAAUGAAAAUUGUACAUCGAGAUAUAAAACCACAGAACAUUUUAAUAGCACCAUCAAAGCAUAAAAAAUUUUCCAAAAAAGAUGGAGUUAUUCAACAAACCUCUUCCGUGAGGGUAUUAAUUUCAGAUUUCGGAUUAUGUAAAAAGUUGGAGGGAGAUUCUAGUAGUUUUCAUAAUACAACAAACAAUGCAGGUGGUACUAUUGGUUGGCGAGCACCGGAAUUGCUGUCAUCAUCGGUUCCACCAUCCCCGGAUGGAAAUAAUAAUAUUAUUGAAUCAGUUUGGACAUCUGUAGAUCGAUUAAAUGAUAAUUCAUUUACUUCAUCAUCUACAGGAUCAGAAUAUGAUAAUGGACAGCCACGUAGAGUUACAAAAGCAAUAGAUAUUUUUUCGGCAGGAUGUUUAUUUUACUAUGUAUUAUCAGGAGGAGAUCAUCCGUUUGGAGAUCGUUAUUCUAGAGAAAUUAAUAUUUUAAAAGGAGUUUACGAAUUAUCAAAAUUGGACGGAAUGGGGGAGGAAGGUAUUGAGGCGAAAGAUUUAAUAAUGAGAAUGAUAGAACGAGAUCCCAAAAAACGACCAAAAGCGGAAAUUGUUAUGUUACAUCCGUAUUUCUGGUCACCGUCUAAGCGUCUUGGAUUUCUUCAAGACGCGUCUGAUCGGUUUGAAAUAGAGGAAAGAGAUCCUCCCUCACCAUUGCUUCAACGAUUAGAACAAGGUGCAGUUGAUAUUAUAGGACCAGAUUGGUAUAAGCGAAUUGAUAGAAUAGUAGUUGAAAAUUUAGGAAAAUAUCGAAAAUACGACGGUUCAAGAGUAAGAGAUUUAUUAAGAGCACUAAGAAAUAAGAAACAUCAUUACCAAGAUCUUCCUGAUCAUGUUAAAAGGUCCUUAGGUGAAAUUCCGGAUGGGUUUCUUUUCUAUUUUACAUCAAGAUUUCCUCAGUUGAUGCUACAUGUAUAUUACGUGAUUGCUGAAUCGGAAACAUUAAAAGAUGAAAGCAUGUUUAGACAUUAUUUUGAAUUACCCGGAGAAGUUUAA